ACUGCUGAGUCACUGGACACACAACUGGACAACUUCAGUCACCUGCCAACGGCUCUCCAAAUGUCCUGACAGAAGCAAAUCACCACACUGUGGAUUAUUUUGACUUUUCUACCUCUUUUCAACGUUGCUUUAUUCAUUUCUUCUUGUUUCAAGAUUAAACCCACGGUUGUCCUCCAAAAGUUUGAUCCAAGUGGCCAGCGUUCGGAGGAUGUUUUGAUGGUCUUCCAACAGAGUAGAGUUUUGUUUCUGAAGAUUUCUGGACCUGAAGAUUUCUGGACCUCAAACUUUUUCUUAAGGCCUAGUAUCUGCUCAUCUUGUUGAAGAUGGACAGUAAGAGUGAUGGUGCUAGGAAUCAGCUUCUUCAUUUUGACCUUCAUAUUGACGAACAUAAGCCUCAUAAAGGAAUCCUGGAUCUCCUCGGCAGACUCCGUCCUAAUUGGGAUGCACAGGACAUUCAGAUGAAGAGGUUCACAGAGGGCAUCACCAACCAGCUGAUGGGCUGCUUCGUGGCGCCUCUCCAGGAGCCCGGCUGUGUUCUGGUGCGGCUGUACGGCCAGAUGACGGAGCUCUUUGUGAACCGGGACCGGGAGCUGGAGAUGUUUCAGGUCCUUCACGCCCACGGCUGCGGGCCGCAGAUUUUCUGCAGCUUCCAGAACGGCAUCUGCUACGAGUUUGUGAGAGGAACCGUGCUGGAGGACGAGCUGCUGCUGCAACCCUCCAUCUACAGAUUGAUCGCAGCAGAGAUGGGGAGAAUCCACUCCAUCCAGCCAAAAUGUGGUGCGCCUGCUGAACCUCUCCUCUGGACCAAAAUGUCCCACUUUCUCACGCUGGUGCAGAGCUACAGCAGCUCAGAGGAGCUGCGCGGCACAAAAAGUCCCGUGCCCAGCUUUGAGACGUUGUCGGCUGAAAUGGAGACUUUGAAGAGACACCUCUCGCAGAUCGACUCCCCGACCGUCCUCUGCCACAACGACCUUCUCACAAAAAACAUCAUCUACAACCACAAAGAGGGUAUGGUGAAAUUCAUUGACUACGAGUACGCCGAUUACAACUACCAGGCCUUCGAUAUUGGCAAUCACUUCAAUGAAUUUGCUGGUGUGAGCGAUGUGAACUACAGCCGGUACCCGAGCCGAGAGCUGCAGCGUGAUUGGCUGACGGCGUAUCUGCAGAGCUACAAUCACAGCACAGGACGUGAGGUCACCGUGACAGAGGCUGAAGUCACGAAGCUCUACAUUCAAGUCUGCAAAUUCUCCCUGGCAUCCAACUUCUUCUGGGGAGUUUGGGCCAUCCUGCAAUCACGGUUCUCCUCCAUUGACUUUGACUUUGAAAGGGCCCAAUCCCAUGACCCAGGUCUAAUCCAUAAUGCAGACUACAGGCAGGCCCUGCAGUCCAGCCACAGUCCGGCUGCACAGAUGGGACAUGAGGGGACAGAAAUGGAAGCCAUGAAUGACGUUGGAAUUGAAGAGCUGCGCUUAUGA